AUGGCCACAGUUGAUGGGAAAGUAAAGGAGGAAAUGUUGCUUCUUCCCAAUGCAAAAACUGCAGAAAGUGCUGCCCAGACCUGCCAUGAAAACUGCAAGAAUCAAGAGGAGGUGCAACGUGUGCCAGAGAAACCGUUUCACUGCACUGAUUGUGGGAAGAGCUUCUCCCAGAGCUCUAACCUGAUAGAACAUCAGAGAAUCCACACAGGGGAGUGUCCAUUCACCUGCAGUGAAUGUGAGAAGAGCUUCAGCCGCAGCAGUACUCUUGUAGAGCACCAGCGCACCCACGCGGGUGAGAAGCCUUACAUGUGUGCUGAAUGUGGGCGGGGAUUUAGCCGCAGCUCCACCCUCACUGAUCACCAGCGUAUUCACACCGGGGAGACACCCUUCCCAUGCCGGGAAUGUGGUAAGGCCUUCAGCCGCACCUCCAACCUCGUGAAGCACUUGCUUACCCACUCGGGAGAGAAGCCAUACACAUGUCAGCUCUGUGGGAAACGCUUUUCUCUGAGCUCUAACCUCCUCAAGCAUGAGCGCACUCAUUUGAGGGAAAAGCCCUUCCCCUGCUCCCUCUGUGGAAAUCAUUUCAAGAAGAAGACCCUCCUGGUGUCCCACCAUUGUGUGCACACUGGGGAGAGGCCCUACCGAUGCGAGGAGUGUGGAAAAUGCUUCUCCCAGAGUUCUGUUCUGAUCAAACACCAGAGAAUCCACACUGGGGAGAAACCCUACAAAUGUGCAGACUGUGGUAAGAGCUUCUACGUGAGUUCAAACCUCAUCAAGCACCAGAGAAUCCAUACAGGGGAGAAACCAUAUGCUUGCUCCAUCUGCGGGAAAGCCUUCCGUUACAAGCCCCAGUUCACUCGACACCAAGCACAGGCGCACCCUGAAAAGGAGGAGAUGGAAGAAUCAUUUCCUACACUCGGUUCCUUUGGUACUUGGUCAGAGACACUUCCUCUGAUACAGAAGUCAGACAAAGCGUAGAAUAGAAAUCCUCAAUGGCUUCUUUAUGACUGUAGCAUCUCUCACUGUCUUCCUGUUUCUGGGUUUAAUCCAGGUUUAAUCAUAGGGACUCACUGAAAUAAUUGAGACUUAAGUAAUCAUGAUUGCAAUGAAUCUACUCUGUGUCUUACUCAAUCUGGAUUCAACCUUCAGUUUAACUCUAGAACCCAUUAGAGUUGUAUUCUGUGUCCCUUUCUGGCUGCAAUUUGGCUAGCUUUGGCCUCAUAAAGGAAUUUUUUUCAAGUACCUGCCUCUGAUGAAUAGAAAUUAUUUCCAGGUAACUGGGCAGGAAUGCCUAUAUAAAAUGGAAGACAGCUGGAUCUUCUCUUUCAAGUUUAAGAAGGCUAUGUAGA